AAUUUGUGGUGAAGAGAGGCCAAGAGGACACGGCUGAUUACUUAACGCUGGCAUGUUAUGCUGCUCACAAUCUUUUCGUCUGCGGAAACACUUUAAAAAUCGUUGCAUUUAUAGCGACAGCGAUUUAUAGCUGACCUCUGCCGUUGUCAUCUGUAAAGGUGAUGUUGAUGUUUCAUAAUAACUAUUUUUAGAACAAAUGUGAUUUUAUUUUAGCCUUUUAUCUGCACAGGCAUUAACUGCUUCCCCCACGAUCCGAAGCCGCUUAUCGGAUGUGUUGAAAAUGGCAUUUAAAAAAGUGUAUAUCAGUAUUGGCUAUGCCACCGUUGGAAUGUUGUUCGGUUUCUCCGUUUUCCUCGUGUGGAACUUCGCCUACCGACAACCGUGGACGGCAGCGAUGGGUGGAUUAUCAGGUGUACUGGCAUUGUGGGCGUUGGUCACACAUAUCAUGUAUGUUCAGGAUUAUUGGCGCACGUGGCUCAGAGGACUCAAGUUCUUCCUCCUCAUGGGGCUCAUCUUCUCCCUGCUGUCAAUCAUCGCCUUCAUCGCCUUCCUCUCCCUCGCCAUCGAACGCAAAGAGUCACUGAGAGACCCAAACAGCCUGUUCCUGGCCAGCGUGUGGAGCUUUAUGAGUCUGAAAUGGGCAUUCCUGUUGUCGCUGUAUUCCCACCGCUACCGCAAGGAGUUUGCCGACAUCUCUAUCCUCAGUGACUUUUAGACACACACAAAUGUGCACGCACAGGUUUUAAGAGAUUUCCUGUCAGACACACACACACAAAAAACAUGCACCAAAACACACAUGUACGUUCACACCAAAAGGAUGUCAUAAACCUGGGAGAGAGAUGUUUUUUUAUUUGUGUUUGAGGGCUGGAUGGUUUUUAUAUUUGUAAGUCAUGAUUGGUUCAGACACACCCUUUCAUGCUGAGGCAUUGUGUGUAGGGUCACUUAUCCUUUAAGCAUUUGAACAUUGUUGAAAUGAUUUGUCUGAUAAUGUCUGAGAGGGGGAGCGCCUGGAAGAGCAUGUGUUGGUUUGGAUCAUGUUGGUUGUGUGACUGAAGAUCUGAGAUUGGAGACCAUGGAAGAGACAGACAAGACUAGGACAGCACUGUAUUAAAUUUUCUUACACACACACACACUGACACUGAUAUGAAACACCAUGUCUGUAAUUGAAAUGCUGUGUGUCUGGCACUCAGUGUUGCUUUUCUUUGUAUUAUUUAGAUACAAACAAACCUUCAUACUGAGAUUCUAAUUCUGUCAAUGUAACACUUUUAUAUAACUUUGCCACUGUUCUUUAACUAUAUAUAGAUCUGUCUGUAUGUGUAUAUUAAUGUCCUCUUGCUCUCUUAUGAAUACUCCAUAAUGUUAAGUGUGUAUGGACUGUAUUUAUGUA